AGCAGAGCAGAGCAGAGCGGACGCUUUUGACAGGAGCUCUGCAGCAGUGUUGUUUUCACAUAGACGUUUUGGCGGGAAAUUCAAGUCGGCUACACCCGGCUCCUCACCGGCAUCUGUGCCGCUUCCUAGCCACCUCCAGUCCAUCGGCCUGCUCCCCCUUUUCUGUUGAAUGGAAUUGAUUUCUGAUUGAUCUCCAGUUGUAGUAGAUCGAGGAUUGAACAGUCCAGUUGCCGUAGUGAGCGGAGUUGGAGGCUUGGGUUACCAUAUAGCCGUUCCCAUGGUGACAUGCACUCAUUUUCAUUCAUACUCACCUUAUUAACACUACGUUACCGGGUAAGAGACUAAUUUCAAUUUAUCAAUAGGCCUACAGAUUAUUAUGUUCUUGUAAAAUAAGUAAUUAUGGCGAAUAACCUUUCGAUAUCCUCGGGCGAAGAGGAUUAUUUAGCAGCAGCGAGUAAUAGAUUUAGGCAAGCGCCAGAUGAAUUAGUGGUAUCUUCCGAUGAUCAUACUGUCCAUGGUGAGGACAGUUAUGAUGAAUCGAAUUGUUCUUGGAAAACGGCGAUCAAUAGAAAUUCUAUCCGAUCGGCUAAGAAAAGGGCAAGGGUUAGGAGCAAUAGCGAUAGUACUCUAAAUACGAAGCACAGUAAAAUGCCUAAAUUCUCUACUCCCACGCAUUCAAGCAGGAGGGUAGUCAUUGUUGGUCUUGAAAAUAAGAAUAUUUGCAGAGCAAACCCAGUACAGGUGUUCAAAGAAAUUCAUAAUCUGGUAGGCAAUCUGAAUGGGAAAGAGAAAGUGAAAAAUAUGAUGAUUUUGAAAUGUGAGAAUGACAUACAAGUCAUGAAAUUGUUGGAACUAACCAAGCUUGCUGGUGUAGACGUUAAAGCAACGCGUUAUGAAGAUAAUCAUGAUUUUACAACGAAAGGUGUUAUUCAUAGAAUAGAUACACAGAUAAGUAAUGAGGAAAUUGCAGAAGUAUUGAAAGAUCAGAAGGUAAUUCAUGCUAAGCGUUUUAUGAAGAAGAUCGAUGGUGAAAUAGUACCAACCCCAUCAGUUCUCAUCACCUUCAAAGGCAAGGAUAAACCCGAGACAGUAAACUUUCUGUAUGAGCUUAAACGUGUGGACAACUUUAGUCCACCGGUGCCAAGGUGUCACAAAUGUCAACUUUUUGGGCACAUGAAGGAAAACUGCAAGGGUAAAUUGCGCUGUGUGAGAUGUGGAGGGGAACAUGAUUUUGAAGAGUGCCCACAAAAGGAAAAUCGAAAAUGCUUUAGAUGUGGAGAUAAACACUCGGCGGCGUAUCAAGGUUGCAAAAUUUACAUAGAGGCAAAACAAAUACAAAAGGUUAAAUUGAAGGAAAACAUUACAUACGCACAAGCGACUAGGGUGUAUCGCACUCAAAAAAAUGAAAUAGUGGAAGAGGAAAGUAAGACCAUUAGAACUAGCGACACUAAAGAAAACACUCAAAGGAAACUAAAGAAUGUUGGUCCCAUUUCAAAUUCAAUGGCAUCUGACCACGAAUCAAUCCAACAAUCAAAGAUUCCGCGCCCAAUCCGAGUACAAAGGAACAAUGAAGGAAGGCGGGAAAGAGAUAAGGAGUCAGGGCAAGGAACUGAGUCGAAUAACCAAAAGAAAGAUACUGUCAACACAUUAAUGAGUGUAGCACCCCUGGAUUUCAUUAUGUUUAUUCUAUUUGUGAUACGUAAGUUACCACAGUCUGAAAACGAUGAUCAGUUUUUGGAAUAUGUUGUACAUGCUAGUCGUAAUUUCUUAAAGACAGACAUACCAUUGGAAAUGGUCAAGUGCCACCUUAAAUAA